GAGGCACUCCACCUGUCUUCACCUUUCUGGUCCUACUCUAGAUCUCGUCUCACUUUUUCUUCUUCAUUGCUCUCUUCGUCGUUUCUCUUUGCUUUCUAAUAACCGUCAUGCCUGGCCUUACUGUUCGCGAUGGUCGUCUCCUGGAUGAGACCUCCGACGCCAUUGAUGAAGUUAACGUCAUAAAAGGACAAAUCACGGCGGAAUGGAACUCGGAAUCAAACUUCGACGCCGAGAAGGACAAGACGCAGUUCCGACAGUACGAGACCGCGUGUGAUCGCGUUAAAGCAUUCUACAAGGAGCAGCAUGAGAAGCAGACCGUCGCGUUCAACCUGAAGGCGCGCGAAGAGUUCAAAAAGACCAAACGUGCGCGGAUGAGCGUUUGGAAAGCCAUUGAGCUGCUCAACACGCUCGUGGAUGACUCCGAUCCGGAUACGAGCGUCUCGCAGAUCGAGCAUCUUCUGCAAACGGCUGAGGCGAUUCGGAAGGAUGGGAAGCCCGAAUGGAUGCAGGUUACCGGUCUCGUUCAUGACCUCGGCAAGCUCCUUCACUUCUUUGGUUCAGAGGGACAAUGGGAUGUCGUGGGAGAUACAUUCGUUGUUGGCUGUGCCUUCUCGGAUAAGAUCAUCUACCCCGGCACCUUUGAGAAUAACCCGGACUCGCAUGAUCCCGUGUACUCGACAACGUAUGGAAUCUAUAAGCCGAAUUGUGGAUUGGAAAACGUGAUGCUUUCGUGGGGUCAUGAUGAGUAUUUGUAUAACGUAUUGAAGGAUCAGAGUUCGCUUCCGGAGGAAGGUCUCGCGAUGAUCCGAUACCACAGUUUCUACCCAUGGCACCGGGAGAACGCUUACACGUACCUAAUGAACGAAAAAGAUAAGAAGACACUCGAAGCUGUCCGUGCUUUCAACCCGUACGACCUCUACAGCAAAAACGACGAACAGUGCAACGUUGAGAAGUUGCGCCCUUACUACGAAGGCUUAAUCGCCAAAUUCUUCCCUCCCGAACUUGACUGGUAAUCGAUAACGAUAGAUUCAAAUUUCUAUUGUACACUUUCCUUCUGGAUAAUUGCUAGACUGCUUUCUCUUCGCUAUCAUAACUCCGCGGAUGGAUACCCCUCCAGUUCUAUAAUUCUCAUUUUAAAAUUUCUUAUAAAAAGUCGAGAGACUAUCAUCCAACUAAUUGUUGACAUAGAUUUUUAUCAUUAUUCUUUUAUCGAUUGCUUUAAA